CGCAGAGCAAUGACUGCGGGAGGGAGUGCAGCGUCAGAGAGGAGCCCGCACCCUGCUUUGAGGCCCCACGCCUGGGCCGGACCUUAGCCUCGGGGCGCGCCUCCUCCAGGUGCCACGGCCCUUCUGCUCACUGCUCUCUCGGCAUCCCGCCUGGAUGCGGGACCUCAGCAGAGCACCAAUGGGCAGCUCCCAUCUCCCCUGUCCCAGGGGAGUGAAGAUCCCUUAGUCCCAGGAUGUGUGACAGGAAUGGCGGGCGGCGGCUUCGGCAGUGGCUGAUUGAACAAAUCGACAGCAACCUGUACCCGGGGCUGAUUUGGGAGAGUGAGGAGAAGAGCAUGUUCCGCAUCCCGUGGAAGCACGCCGGCAAGCAGGACUACAACCAGGAGGUGGACGCCUCCAUCUUCAAGGCCUGGGCAGUUUUUAAAGGGAAGUUUAAAGAAGGGGACAAAGCUGAACCAGCCACUUGGAAGACGAGGUUACGCUGCGCUUUGAACAAGAGCCCAGAUUUUGAGGAAGUCACAGACAGAUCCCAGCUGGACAUUUCCGAGCCAUACAAAGUUUACAGAAUCGUCCCGGAGGAAGAGCAAAAAUGCAAACUGGGCCUCGUGGCUCCUGGCUGUGUGAGUGAUGUCGCAGAGAUGGAGUGUGGCCGCUCCGAGAUGGAGGACAUGAUCAAGGAGCCCCCUGUGGAUGACUACAUGGGGAUGAUCAAGAGGAGCCCGUCCCCACCAGAGGCCUGCAGGAACCAGCUCCUCCCAGACUGGUGGGUGCCGCAGCCCAGCACAGGCUUGCCACUGGUGACCGGGUACCCCACCUAUGACCCGCACCACGCAGCCUUCUCCCAGAUGGUGAUCAGCUUCUACUACGGGGGCAAGCUGGUUGGCCAGGCUACCACCACCUGUCCUGAGGGCUGCCGCCUGGCCCUGGGCCCGCUGGGGCUGCCCAGCACCAAGGUGUACGGGCCCGAGGGCCUGGAGCUGGUCCGCUUCCCGCCGGCCGACACCAUCCCCAGCGAGCGCCAGAGGCAGGUGACGCGGAAGCUGUUUGGUCACCUGGAGCGCGGUGUGCUCCUGCACAGCAGCCGCCAGGGCGUGUUUGUCAAGCGGCUGUGCCAGGGUCGCGUGUUCUGCAGUGGCAACGCUGUGGUGUGCAAGGGCCGGCCCAACAAGCUGGAGCGCGAUGAGAUAGUCCAGGUCUUCGACACCAGCCAGUUCUUCCGAGAGCUGCAGCAGUUCUAUGGCAGCCAGGCCCGCCUGCCGGAUAGCAGGGUGGUGCUGUGCUUCGGGGAGGAGUUUCCGGACAUGGCACCCUUGCGCUCCAAGCUCAUCCUGGUGCAGGUUGAGCAGCUGUAUGUCCGGCAGCUGGUGGAGGACUCAGGGAAGAGCUGCGGCCUGGGCGCUGUGCUGCCCACCCCCGACGAGCCCACGCCGGACCAGGCCUUCCGGAUGUUUCCCGAGAUUUGUGCCUCUCACCAGAGACCAUUUUUCAGAGAGAACCAGCAGAUCACAGUCUGAGCGGUGGCGCCUGUCCCCGGCACCCCAGCCUGCCCAUGGCCCUCAGGUCCUGUGACAGUGGCAGGCAUGAGGAGUGAGUGCAGGGCGCGGCGGGCCAGACUUCUGUUUGCUCAGGAGUUGGGGACUUGCGAGCGGUGGCCUGGCCCUGUCAUUCUAACCUGCGAUUAAAAAUUCUUUCCUGCAUUUUUCUUUAAUUAUUCUUAGUUGCUAUGAUUCAUUUUGCAUUUGGGGCUCAAUGACAUUUCCAGAGACUUGUUGCUCCUGUGACAACUCCUCGGGUCUGGAGUGAAGCGGUCAGCGUCAGCUUGCGCCGUCUGCCGUCUUACUGUGGGUACAGGCCACGGUCUCACACGUUCGACCCCGUGUGGAGCAGAGGACCUAGGUACUUCUCAACUCUCCGAUAAGAUUUCUCCGUAUUUAGGGAUAAGCCUCCGAACCCUGGACUUGCUGGGAGAAUCAUUUCUUCCUGGAGUUUGGUGUCAGGAAAGCGCCCGUCUGUGUAGGUGCCUCGGGUGUUAAGUUUCAGACAAUGCACGCUUUUCCUUUGGGGUUCUAUUACCUGGAAGCUGAGAGCAAAACUUUUUAGUUUUGUAAUGAAAUCAUUCUAGAUUCCUCUCUCUUCUCUUUUUAGAUGGUUUUGAUUUGUUUUAAAAAAUAUUUGUACUUGUAAUCGCCUUACCUGUUAUAUGUUCUGCUGUAAACUGCUUUGAGUCUUUUUUUUUUUUUUCCUUUAAAGUGAGCAGGAUGCAAACUGUAAGUUUGGAAAGUGCCAGUGAGUCCCAGGAGUGUUUUACCUGUGUUCGGGGGACUCCACCCUCUGUGGCUGGCCCAGCCCUGUGCCAGCGACUUCCUUAGCAUCUGUCUCAUCUGGGGCGUCCUGGGGGCCGUGGCAGGGGCUUCUGCCUCCUCCUCGCCCCUCUGCAGGGCUCCCUAGCCCACACCUGUGCCAGCCGAGGGCGGUGGAGCUGGGGUGCUGCCACCGUUCUGCUCUGGGCCGGUGGGUGGGGGCGCUGCUCACAGGCUCGGUAGCCUGACCUGAUGACCCCUACCACGCCUCUGACCCUCCAGCUUCGGAGCUCCUUUAUCUCCACACCAGUUCAACACAUGCAUUAUCAAAAAUACUUGAACAUGUUUUCUAAAAAAAAAAAAAAAAAUGCUGUUUUUGCCCACGGAAGGCCUUAGUGAGUCCUGGGUGACUCGGAGCCCAGUGGCUGGGUGGGGCCACCGCACGGGGCCAGGGGCUGAGGGGAGGGAACGCCCCGCCCCGCCCACCCUCCAGGGACCGGAGCAGGACCCCCUGUCCUUGUGACCCCGAUGUACCUGAGUCUCCAAUGGGAGGUAGGGGAAUCUGGGAAUCGGGAGACAGGGCCUGUGAAGUCGAGACUCAAAAUCUGCAGAGCCAGAGUUCUCCGGGACGGGGCCUCCGAGCCGCGGAGGGAGCCUUUCCGAGGAUGCCAGACCAUUUACUGAGCUGUUUGUGAGCUAACCAGAGGUUCCACUCCCCGCUGCAAUGUGAAAGCUCGUCUUUAAUGUGCAGGAUGAAUAUUUAUUUUUGUAUUGUUG